AUGGUUGUUUAUCAAACUGGAGCAUGCAGCACGUGGGAAUUCUUAGACACUCCUUGGAAGUGCCACCGGCUUGACCAGCUCGAGCAACGGGUUUUGGAGCUUGAGGGUCAGCUGGAGACACGGCGGUGCCUCCGCGAGGCUGAGGGUUACGUGGAUAACACGUUGUUAGAUAUGGUCAUUCCGCGGCUUAAGGAAGUGCAGUCAGGGAAGGAAUGGGGAUGGGCAAUAACUGUUGGUCUAGCCAGUAAGCUGGUUUGUUACUACACAAACUGGGCCCAUAAAAGAGAAGACUGUAAGUUCUUACCAAAAGACAUUGACCCCAAGUUAUGCACCCAUCUUAUUUAUGCUUUUGCUGUUAUUGGCAAUAAUCAUCAAAUAGUUGCACAGCAAAAGGACGAUGAAGAUCUUUACGUCUCAUUUAACAACCUUAAAAAACGAAAUCCAAGCUUGCAAACACUCUUAUCUAUUGGUGGCUGGAAUUUUGGAACUGAAAAGUUCACUGCCAUGGUUUCUAGCAAAGAAACACGUCUAAUAUUCAUUAAGUCUGUAAUUCAAUUCCUACGGAAAAGGAAGUUUGAUGGUUUAGAUCUACAUUGGGAGUAUCCAGGGUUUAAGAGAAGCCCAUACCAGGACAAACAGCGCUUCACAUUCUUGGUUCAGGAAACUCUAGAAGAGUUUAAGAAGGAAUCCAAUGAAAGCAACAAACCAAGACUGCUGCUUUCAGCUGCAGUGGCAUCUGGCAUAAGAAACAUUCAAGCAGGCUACGAAAUAGAAAAGAUUUCUGAGCAUUUGGAUUUUAUCGGUGUGAUGACUUAUGAAUUCCAUGGUCCAUGGGAUCCUAAAACCGGACCUAAUAGCCCCUUGUACAAGAGCUCCACUGACUAUAAAGAUGAUAAAUACUUUAAUGUAGAGUUUGCUACAAAAUACUGGAAAGAAAAUGGUGCCCCUGCAGAAAAACUGUUGGUUGGAUUUCCAACUUAUGGUCGUACUUUUACACUCUGUUUGCCUGACACCAAGCCUGGUGCUGCAGCAUGCGGUCCCGCAGCACCAGGAAAUUGUACUAAAGCAGCUGGAAUUUUGGCAUACUAUGAGAUAUGUGACUUUUUGAAAGGAGCCAAUAAAGAGUGGAUGGAGGAGCAGGAAGUUCCAUAUGCAUACAAAGAUGAUGAGUGGGUUACUUAUGACAAUUUGAAGAGUUAUGAGAAGAAAGUGGAAUGGUUGAAAAAUAAUAGCUUUGGUGGUGCAAUGGUUUGGACCAUCGACAUGGAUGAUUCCAAAGGUACUUUCUGUAACCAAGGAAAAUCACCCCUUAUUAACAAGCUGAAGCUUUGUUUAAAUUCUAAAGCUGAAGAAAGUUCAUCAGCCUCAACAACUCCAUUACCAAGCUCUACUUCAGAUAAUUCACCAUCAAAUUCACAGUCUUCCACUGUAUGCCCUGAUCUGGAAUUCUGCCAUGACAAAGUUAAUGGUAACUAUCCAGUUCCAUGUGCUGUGGACAGCUUUUAUCGAUGCACCGACAAAAGCACCGACAUAGAGACCUGUUCCAAGGAAAUCAAUACAGCCAUUGAAAGUGUAUGGAAAGAACGCUACACAAUAUAUGACAGUAAAAAGUUAAACCGCCUUUUAAUUGACACCUGA